UCACAGACAACGAACGCAUGCUGUUUAGUCAGAUGAAUCUCUGACGAGCGUGUUUGUUAAUUUUUUGUUGGCAGUUGAAUGGUACAGCUGACAGGAGGUAUGGCUACUGCACGAGUUAACCAUAGAAAAUAUAAAUGGGCUUUGGACACUGGUUCCAGGAGCAAACAGGAGAGAAGUUCUGAUCUUGCUUCACCACCUGGAUAUAACCCUUCAGCUGGACAAGUUUAUACUGAAGCCACUAGGGAGUCUGAUCCGAACCAUCUCAUAAUUAAAAAAUCAUGGGAACUUGCAUUGGGACCACUGAAACAGAUGCCAAUGAACCUGUUUAUAAUGUACAUGGCAGGAAAUUCCAUUUCUAUAUUUCCAAUUAUGAUGGUUGGCAUGUUAAUUGUUCGUCCAGUAAAAGCCCUUUUCACCAUGCAAACAACAUUCAAAAUGAUUGAAGGUGAUCAUGCAGUGGUGCAAAAAUUUGCAUACCUACUUGGAAACAUAGUAAGUGUUGCUCUGGCACUUUACAAGUGUCACUCAAUGGGACUGCUACCAUCUCAUGCUUCUGACUGGCUAGCUUUUGUGGAACCUCAAUUACGGAUGGAAUAUUCAGGAGGAGGAAUACAUCUUGCAUAAACACUCAUGAAUGUGUAAAAAUUGUGUGUAUAUUUAUCCUUAAUUUGUAUAUAAUAUUAAAACAGAUAACUAAAAGAUAACUGUUAAUACA